CCGACGCAGUGACGGCGUCGCCUUAACAGCGGUCUGAGAGCAGGAUGUCCCGCCUUUUUCUCUAAGCCUUAGCACUUUUUGGUACAUUCGUUUGUGUAAAUAACAACACAUGUUGUUAUAUGUAACACAGUAGUUUGUCUUUGCUAUUUCUUAAACUUUUUAUCGACAUGGCGGGGAAAUGCAACGAAAAAACUCCUCUCUUUGACAAAAAGAACACCGCAGAACCGUUGGCUUCACGCUGCGGCAACUGCUUCCUCAGAACAAAAAGCUUCCUCUCGCACGUAACCGUCGAGCCAGCUCUGGCCUUGUACGCCCUUGGCUUUGGCCUUGAAUCGGUUUUCAUGACCAACCUGUGGGUGGACAAGACCUGCCUCAUCCACUAUGGCUUCGGCGAAGACGUGUGCGCCAAGCUGGACUCCGGAAUGUACACGCAACAGCAGGACACGGUGCAGCGCCUGGUGAAUCAGUACAACGUGUACAGGCACAUCGUGGAAUACCUGCCGGCCCUCGUGGUGGUGCUGCUCCUUGGGGCGUGGAGUGACCGACGCGGCCGCCGACUGCCCAUUCUCGUGCCUGCGUUGGGGCAGCUCCUGCUGGGCCUCGGACUGGUGGCCAACUCCUACUGGUGGUCCCUCCCUCCCUCCUUCAUCCUGCUAGCCUACCUCCCCGCGGGCUUGACCGGCGGCGCUAUGGGGCUGUUCAUGGGUGUCUACGCCUACGUGAGCGCGACGUCCACUCGGAAAGCACGCACAUCGCGCAUGUCCGUCGUGGGCGUCAUCUUAUUCCUCGUGUCCCCGGCAGGCAAAUACCUGGGGACCGUCAUCUACGGCUGCGGCGGAUACGUUGCUGUUUUCGGAGCCAUGACGAUGCUGACUUCCUCUGUGUCCUCUACGUCCUGGUGCGCCUCGAGGAACACCCUGAAGGCGCCAGGGCCGAGACUUCGAGCAAGGCAGGCGUGUGUGAGGCCCUGUCCCCCGCCCACUUGAAAGGCACGUUGCUGGCGGUGUGGCGACCUCGCGAGGGACGCGCUCGGACCCAUAUCCUUGUGCAUAUUUCUAUCUGCUGCGUACUGGUGUUCAAUUUCGGUUUGACGAACUAUGAUUUCCUGUACACGCGCAAGAGAUUCUCCUGGGAUUAUAAUGACUUUACUUUGUGGUCUAUUGUGAGCACGCCACUCUCC